CUGAUCCAAGACACUUUUUGUCCAAGAUACAUAUCGACAAUGGCCAAAGCAAAGGGUCGCGCAAAGCAGUUCGAGGACUUGGACGAACAUAUCACCAAGGACUACGAUCCUGAAGCCAAUGUCGAUGUGAGCGAGCACGGCAGCGAUAGCGAAUCGAGCGAGAACGAGAACGCUGGCACAGAGCACUAUGUCUCCGUGGGAAAGAGCAAGCUGAGGCAAAAGGAGGGCGUGUCGCUCGGUCCCAAGUAUCAAGGCUCGCGCGUCUCAAGGGCAGCUCUAGAGCAGGAGAGCGAGUCCGACGACGAGGGAGACGAGGAUGAGGAUGAGGACGACGAAGCAUUCGACGAUCCUGAGACUGCAGACUUGGAACGCGACGAGGCCGAGGCCAACGACUCCGAGAUUUCCAGCGACAACGCCCUCGGCGAGAGCGACGAGGAGCGCUUCCAGGACUUUACCUUCCGAGGGAGCUCGAAACCCAAGAAGCCAGUGAGCAAGUCCAAGAGGGCCACUGCUGCUGACUUUAUGUCUUCCUCUGACGAGGGCGGCGAGGGUGGUGCCGACGUGGACGAGGACGAAGACGAGAUGAGCGGCGUGGAACUCGAGGGUUCUGACUCGGAAGAAGAUGACAUGGAUGAUGGCCUCGACGCUCUUGUCGACGGCGCUGGAGAUUCAGAUGACGAGUCUGAAGAAGACGACGAGGAAGACGAGGAAGAUGAAGACGCCAGUGAUGAUGAAGAGGAAAGCGACGAUGAUGAGAAAGAGAAAAAGGCGAAGAGUGUAAAGCCCGUCAUGGCAGCCUUCUCAAACCGCACCGACGUCAACAAGGGUCUUGCCAUUCGAGAACAGCGCAAGGUCUAUGACGGUCUGCUCAAUCUCCGAAUCCGUCUACAAAAGGCCCUCAUCGCUGCCAACACCUUUGCCGCCAUCGAAGACAGCCCCGAGCCCGAGUCUGAGCCCUACGAGGCGGCCGAGGAGGCUGCUAUCAAGUUGCUGAACACCAUCAGCAGCCUCAAGGACAAUUUUGGUUCGUCUCGGGCUGGCGAUAAGCGCAAGCGCGAGUUGGACGCCUCGAUGACGACCCAGGAGAUUUGGGAGCAGAUGCAGGCGGAGGAGGAGCGGGCUGUCAAGGUCAGAGAGGCUGGCUUAGACAAGUGGUCGCGCAAGGUCCAGUCUGUCGACACCACAAGAGACGGCCUCAAGUCGCGAAAGGACACGCUCGUCACUGCGCUCCGGGAGCAGCUCUUGAACCCGGACAACCGCCUCGCCAAGCGCUCCCGCGUUCCUCGAUCAUGCGCUCCCGCGCAGGCGGCCAAGGGCGUGACGCAGGACGACGACAUCUACGACGACGCCGACUUUUACCAGGUGCUCCUCAAGGAGCUCGUGGACCAGCGCACGGUGGACGGGUCCUCAGCGUCGGCGGGCGCGGUGCCGACGGUAAUGCUCACGGCGGCCAAGGAGGUCAAGACGCGCAAGAACGUGGACCGCAAGGCGAGCAAGGGUCGCAAGAUGCGCUUCACGGUGCACGAGAAGCUGCAGAACUUUAUGGCCCCCGAGGACCGGCGGGCGUGGGAGCAGGAGGCCAUUGACCGCUUCUUUGGCACCCUGUUUGGCCGCAAGAUGGAGCUCAACGAGGACGAGAGCGAUGAUGAUGACAUGGAGGUUGACGCCGAGGAGGCGGGCUUGAGAUUGUUUAGAAGCUAG